UGGCCUCCAUUUCCAAACCGAAGGAAGCUCUCUCUCUCUCUCUCUCUGCACACACACAAAAAUGGAGGCAUCUAGGGUUAUCAGAUUGGGACUCUUCCUGAUCUGCAAUUGACACUACUGAUUGGAUUCUCUUGGAUUUGAAACCUGAACCCCCAAAAUCCCCAAAUUCCAAGUAAAGUCAGAAUCUUUGAAGGAGCUGUACGUUCAUUUCCAAUCUGGGUGGCUCCAAAUUUCGAAUCUUUAGAUGGAAUUGUGGAAGAAAAGAAGGAAAGAUCAGUUCUUUAUCAUUUCCAGCUGAACCCCCAAAUUUUGGAUUUCAAAGAUUUUUGGUUUCACCCAAAUUAAACGAACAUGCACGCUCGCCACCGCAAUCCCGGAAAUGGGUACCGGUCUAAUUCGAUGGGUAUGGACCGUAUCGGAAUGGGUCGGAUCUCGCCGGAGACCUCACUCCGCGGCGGCCGCGGCUAUUACAACAACAACAACAACAACAGCUCCGAACCCCCUCACCGGAACAACAACGCCGCCUUCAAUCGCGGAUUCGGCCGUUCGAAAUCUUUCCAGCCGCCGCCGCCGCCACCUCCGCCCCCGCAGGUGCCGGCUCCGCCGCGGAAGGGGGGCAAUAUUUUAAUGGACGCGGGGCGGAUGGCGGCGGAGUAUCUGGUGGCGCAGGGGCUACUGCCGCCGAGCGUGCUCUCCGGGACGUGGCAGAAGAAGCAGCAGGCGGAGUUUGACGGUGAUCAGAUGAGAGAGGACGGCCGGACGUCGGCGCUUUCCCGAUUAGGAAAUAAUUCGGAGGGAGGGUACAGAAAUAGAAGGUUUGGGGUUGGUGGGGGUGGGGGUGUGGACGAGUUCAGUAGUAAUGCGAGGAACAAGGGGAGGAGAAGGAACCGGGGCGGGUAUGGGUCGGAUACCCGGCCCGAUUGGGGGAGGGAGUAUGGGAGGAGCGGGUCGUUUUCGGAUAGACAUAGCCGGGCUUCUUCCGAGGAUGAUUCUAAUUCGGGGAGGCAUGAGGAGCAGAAGGUGGGAAGAGAUGUUGGGAAUGCAUGGCAGCAGAAUGCUAGGGAGUGUGAGGAUGCAGUGGAUUCGGAGACGAAAUCGGAGAAGGAGGACAUGAGCUCCAAGCCGAGUUCUUCCGGGACUGGUGGAGCUGAUGGAGUUGCUGAAGUUAAUGUGGAGCCCAAGAAAAUGAAUGAUGUGGAGAUGAAGGAUAAGGAAUGUGGAAACAAUGACGGCACCGAGAAAAAGAGUGAUGUGGAGGACUUGCCGGUUCAGGUGAAAGCCGAGGCAGAGGGCACUGACUUGCUGAAGCUAUGUAAAUUUGCCAAGGUACCUACUAGGACUCGCUCGGCAUUGACCACUAGAGGUUUGAAGGUCGAUCCACUUCCAAGUAUCCAAGAGGGGAGCACGUCGUGUGGCAUUGGUCUGCAGGUGGGAGGAUCAUCUCAAUAUUUAGUCAAAGACAGUACUCAUGACGUCUCCUCAGGUACCCCAGUAUUAGAUAACACUCAUUAUGCAAGUUGUGUUGAUACUGAAACUCCUAAAGUUGAGUCUAGACAAUCUGUCGGGGAUUUAGUAGAAUUGGGUUCUGGAUUUGGUAUUGAGCAGAAUAAGUUUGCGAGGUCUCAGUCAUUACCAGAUAGAGCUUUUAUUCGUGAGAAUGAGCAACAAUUAAGUCAAGGGCCAGCAGGACUUAGGAGUUUUAGCUUUGUAGUUAAGGAUAGAGGUGAAAAGAGAGCUUCAGAAGACUAUGAUAAGCAGAUGGAAGCAAAAAAACCAAGAGAAUGGCUUCCAUAUGCUGAGUCAGAUGAUUGCUUCCAAAUUUCCAAUUUGAGCGAAAAGAAAGCAAGUCCGUUGGAGGACAACACUUCUCCUGUGGAGAAAGUGAUUGUAGCUGUUGAUCAUGACAGCUCUAUGGAAGAUGAUCCACAGUUCCAAAAAGAUGGAGCUGAAAUUUGUGUUGAUUAUAUGCAAGAGAAACAGCUUUUUCCAAAUUCAUUCGACCUUAAUCUCAUGGAGGUCAAUGAUGCACAUGAGCAUCGUGAUAAUAAUCUUGUAAUAAACUUCUCGGAUGUCUCUGGAGUGAAGAAAGAAGCAGCACCAGUUGAUAUUGACUUGUCAAUGAGUAACUGCAAUAUGUCUCAUGAAAGCAGUAGACGCACUGUGGAUGUCAACGAGAUUGAAGUAAUUGAUUUAGAAAAUGACUCUAUUCCUGAAGACAAGGUCUUCAAUGAUGCAGAGAGAAAGACAGGGACUGAAUUUAUACCGCUAGAUGGCUUUUCCAACCAACCACAGUGCUCUAGCGGUAUGCCUGAUACCCAAGAUGGUUAUGGGCUAAUGAUAUCAGAAUUGCUGGGAAAUGAUUUCCCAGCUUGUUCUUCAGUACCAGAGAAUCUUACUCCAAUGCCUAACGAUAUUGGUCUUCCUAAUGCAGAGGGGACUCUUGCAGAUGAUGAUUCAAUAUAUAUGGCUCUGGGUGAAAUACCAUUAACCUUCAUGAGGCCCUGGGAGCAGCCACCUCCGCAAGAGUAUGAGAAGCCCUUUUGAUCCAGCUAACCAUAGAAUUUCUCAGAUGCAUAUUCUGAUAUGCUUAGAAUUGGUCACCGGGGCUCCUUUUUACCCAUAUUAGCUCUAUGAAGUGGUUAGCUUCCUUUCUUUUAUUUGAUUUGCUUAUAAUAGAGGGUGCUAGUAGGUCUUUCCCCUGUUAAGAGGUUCAAGAAUGUUGUAUGCUUUUAAUUAUCUGUUUUACUUUGUUCUAAAAUGGAAAUUGUAAUCAUGUUGACUGGCAGAAAUUGUUGAACAGUCCAUUUGUUACCUCUC